AUGCGCCUCGUGCUGCACCCAGGAGGCAUCGCUGCGUGCAUCUUCGUCUGGAUUUGUUGGCUGGUGGUGAAGAUCGCCACAAAUAUCCUCUUCUUCAAUGUCGCCUUCGCCGAUGUAGCCACUGCAGACGGCUCGCGCACCAUACGAGGACCGGCGGGGGGGAGACCGCCGCUGACCUUCCUCGGAAACAUCCUGAAAGUGCUUUUCGAGUGCGUCACCUGGCUAGGGCUUUUGUCUCACCUCGCCACGUUGUUUACGGAUCCCGGCUCGACGAAGAGGGCUCCGGUGCGUCUCAUCGUAGCUGCUGCAAAGCUUCAGAGAAACAGAAAGCUGUAUAGCUCAGUUCAGGUCCGGUGCAUCAUGAAGAUGGAUCAUCACUGCCCCUGGGUCAACAACUGCAUCGGAUCCAUGAAUCAAAAGUACUUCUUCCUGUUCCUUACAUACAUGGCUCUCUCUUGUCUUUCCAACAUUGGCAUUAUCUUCUCGGCAGUCGGAAGAUUCAUAAUCGCUUCUACGGAGCGCAAAAACCUUCUCAUCGAACAGUGGACGUCAACGUAUCCUGGAUGGCUGGCUCCUUUGCUCCUUGGGGCAUGUUUGCUAAUUGACGUCGUUUUCCUACUCAUCACGUUGGACUUUCUAGCAGAGCAGUGGGAAGCUCUCGAAAGCAACGCUACUCUAGUGGAAACGUACAGGAAUACUCAUGGACAGAAGACUACUCUGUGGGAGCAUUCCGUAGCUGUCUUUGGUCGACAGUGGUGGCUUUGGUGGCUACCUGUUCCGCCGAAAAUCGUCCCGAACUGGACAGAUCCCGAACUUAAGGACGAGAACCUCCGAAAGCAGGAGGGUUGCCCUGUGGCGGCACAUGAGCUGCAGGAAUUCGACCACAACUCGCCCAGUUCAUGUUCAUCAACGCAUCUCGUCACAGUUGAAAAGGUGCUGCUUUCUGAGGAACCUACCCCUGAUGACUUCACUGAAGAAUUGGAAAAGGGUUCACCAGCAUCAAAUAUGUUGCCUGGCUUCACCACAUUGGAAAACUACCCGAAUCCAAUGGUCAACUCGAUGGCAUGCAGAAGAUGGGGCAUGGAAGUUUCCUACGUUUGUGACCCAGAGCGCUUAUCCAACAUCCGCCACAACUCUUCUCACCGUUGCGUCGAUGAAUACGUCUCUUACCCUUUCGGGGUUGCAAUUGUUCAAGAGUUGCCAUAUGGCGUCGACGCGAACACGUUCGCAACUGAGCUGAUUGGUAAGGCGACACACAACGACUUUCACAUUCUUAGAAGCAAAGCGAACUGCAUUCAGACCGUUGGGGACUUGGACACAGCAAGUGCCAUGAUGGCCUUCUACUGCUCUAUGUUGCUUCCGACGGCGACGUUUCGCUCAAGUGGUAUGUUGUUUAACUUCUGA